ACCAGAGACUUUGGCUUCCUCUCGGGGCUUUUGGGAAACGAGCUCUCUCUACCAGGUGCAUAAGAUCAGCUAACUACCGGGGGUGUGCCAGCACGGUUAUAUAGCAUGACCUCUGCCUUCUGAGGGAGCCCACUGGGAAGCAGGUGGGGAAACGAGAAGCCCUUGCCACUCAAAGUGUGUCCCGAGGACCAGUGGCAUGGGCGUCGCCGUCAUCCCGGGGCUUCUUAGCAAUACAGCCUUUUGGGCCUCCUCUCAGACCUCAACAGUAAGAAACUGCAUUUUAACAAGAUGCCCAGGGGGUAAGUUUGCGAAGGGAGGGCGUAUAGAACUGUGGGAAACUCAGUGCACUAAAUCCUACUGAACGGGGAGGGCUAGGCGGAGGGACCCACUUCUUCGUCUGCCUGCAUUGGGCACCUUUGGUAGUGAGCGGCAGCGACCCGAAGCCGGCGGCCCAAGGUGCGGGACUAGGUCCGGGCGGCCCCGCCUGCCUGCCCCGCCUCCCUCCUGGGUCUCUGCCCUGCGCGCGGUUGCUGUGGCAGCGCCGGACGCAGAUCCAGCCGAGGCUGCUGCGGCCUCCACCUCCGCCUCCAAAGGCCUCCCCAGACCCCAGGCUGCCGCUCAGCUAGCGUCUCCGCCAUGCCUCGGGGGAGGCGCGGCGGCCGGGUGAGCGCCCUGGAGGGCGGCCCGGAGGAGGAAGCGCCCCCGGCGGCGGCCGCGGUGCCCUCGGCGCUGUGGGCGUCCCAGCUGCAGCCGGAGGCGGCGGCCGGGCAGAUCCUGCUGCGUGGCAUCUUCGAGAUCGGGAGGAGCAGCUGUGACGUGGUGCUGAGCGAGCGGGCCCUCAGGUGGCGGCCCAUCCAACCCGAGCGCCCCGCGGGUGACUCCAAGUAUGAUGUUCUAUGUAAAGAAGAAUUUAUUGAACUCAAGGACAUAUUCUCUGUCAAACUGAAACGGCGUUAUUCUGUUAAACAGCAGGGAAGUGGUACCUUAUUAGGUAUCACACUCUUCAUAUGUUUGAAAAAGGAACAAAAUAAAUUAAAAGAUUCUACGCUUGAUCUUAUUAAUUUAAGUGAAGACCACUGUGAUGUGUGGUUUAAACAAUUCAAGAAAAUUUUGGCUGGUUUUUCAAAUAGACCAAAGUCAUUAAAAAUAAUUCUUAACCCCCAAAGCCACAAAAAAGAAGCUACCCAGGUCUAUUAUGAGAAGGUUGAACCACUGUUGAGGACAGCAGGAAUAAAGACUGACGUAACAAUAACAGAAUAUGAAGGACAUGCUCUGUCACUCCUAAAGGAAUGUGAACUCCAGGAAUUUGAUGGUGUUGUCUGUGUUGGUGGAGAUGGAUCGGCCAGUGAAAUCGCCCAUGCUUUGCUUCUUAGAGCCCAGAAGAAUGCUGGGAAAGAAACGGACCGCAUCCUCACCCCUGUCCGUGCAGAGCUCCCUCUGGGUUUAAUACCAGCAGGCUCUACCAACGUACUGGCACAUUCUCUUCAUGGAAUCCCUCAUGUGGUAACUGCAACUUUGCACAUUAUAAUGGGACACAUACAACCUGUCGAUGUCUGCACCUUCAGCACCACUGGCAAAUUUCUUCGCUUUGGGUUCUCAGCCAUGUUUGGCUUUGGGGGAAGAACUUUGGCUCUGGCAGAAAAACAUCGAUGGAUGUCACCCAACCAACGAAGGGAUUUUGCUAUAAUUAAGGCACUGGCAAAACUUAAGCCUGAAGACUGUGAAAUAUCAUUUUUACCAUUUAUCAGCUCUCAGAAUUUACAAGAAAGGAAGGUGGAAGGAUCUCCCAAAUCUGUGAGUAAUGAUCAGUGGCAAACGAUCCAGGGUCAGAUCCUGAAUGUCAGCAUUAUGGCAAUUCCUUGCCUGUGUUCAGUGGCACCUCGAGGCUUGGCACCUAAUACCAGAUUAAAUAACGGAAGCAUGGCUCUUAUAAUUGCACGAAAUACUUCUCGGCCAGAAUUUAUAAAACACCUGAAAAGAUAUGCCAGUGUUAAGAAUCAGUUCAAUUUUCCAUUUGUUGAGACUUACACUGUUGAAGAGGUUAAAGUUCGUCCGAGGACUAAUAGCGCACCCAAUCUAGAGGAGGAUGCUGGGAGGCAUGCAGCUGCUUCAGAAAACAAUUUCCCUUGGAAUGUAGAUGGUGAUUUAGUGGAAGUCGCAUCAGAGGUCCAUGUUAAAUUACACCCAAGACUUAUCAAUCUUUAUGGAGGAAGCAUGGAAGAAAUGAAUGAUUCUGAAGUUAACUGUAAUUGUUUAUAAAAGGAAUGUACAAAAUAGAAUUUUAAUGGGAGGGAAUAUGGUCAUUCUUUAAACAUAGCCUAAUAGGAAACAAAAUUCUUAUUUUUUAAAGAAAUUUGCUAUUUUGUUACUAAAAAUUAGCUUCUAGAGCUUAAAAAAAUUAGGCAAUAUAACCAUUUAAAUUAUGGGUUUUGGAAAGCAUUGGAAUGGAAACUAUUUCAUAUACUUAAAACAUGUAAAUUCUUUUACUUUGGAGUUACUGAUUUUACAGGAUGAUUGUUUUAACUUUUCAGGAUUUGAGUCCAUCAGUCCUGACAUGAAAUUUCCUGUAGCCUGGUACACGUGGACUAGAGUUUAUGUAAGGAUGCCCUGAUGAGGUACUAAUCUAGAUUUCAAAUCUUUCCAACAUCUACAUUAUUUGCCAAAAAGGGAAAGAAAUUGUUAUGGUACCAAUUUUGUGACUAUUCCCUAGAAGUUGAAAACUGUUGAUUUUCUUUAAAGUGUUUUAAAAUUUGUAACACAGAUGAAAUUUAUAGCAAAUUUUAAAUUACACAAAAUAUCACACGGUCUGGGAGAUGCAUUCUUUGUGCUUCUGAAAGUCCUGCUAGCCAACAAUUAUAACACAUUGGUUUCAAUGUACUCAGUAAUACCGAAAAUGCUAUCAUUUCAGAAAAGAGCCAAAUUUCAAUUGCCUCAGGGAUCAUCCUCCACCACUGAUCCCAGAGGUUCUCCUGAAAGACUUACUUUGUUUUUUAGGUAAUGAAAAAACAGAUCUUUUGCUUAAAUAAAGGGUUGUUUUGAAAGCUUAAUUACUACCAGUAGACAGUGAGUUCAGGAGGUUUCCUGCUCUCAGCAUUCGAGGAGUGAAACCCAGUCACUUUCACAACCUUGUUCUGGGGCCAGCAAUUAUAUACUGAGGGCUUGUGAAGAGGUAACUUCUAGAAAUUUCAGCUGAGAGAGACAGCUGGUGGCAGGGCUUCCGCUAAGGAGAUAUUUUCCCUAAUAGCUAAAUUAGAGGGAAGUCUUACUAUCUGAUCACUUCCAAUAAGAUUUUCAAAAUUGCCUACAGCUUCCUUAUACAGAGGGUAUAAAGACAGAAUAAAUAAAUUCAGAUGAAAUUAUAAUCUGCAGCUAUCAGAAUCUAGGUCAUAUGCAUGAAUAACUAUUACAAAAAAUAUAUCUGCAAAUGAAAAGGCAAUAUUUCACUCGUCACUAAAACCUCUAUGAUGGAAAUUUUGAUGGCACAUUUUAUUCACCGAAAACAAGCAAAAUCGGUAAAGUUAGAUUUCUAAAUUUUGUUUCUCUAGUUCCAUGAAGAGAAUGCUCUUAUAGACCUGAUAAAAACACAUUUAAUACAUAGAUUUGAAGAGAAAGAGUAACAUCUAAACAAGGAGGUGCAUUUGCUUAAUUUGAUAGUCAAUAUUUUACUCAGUAUCUAAUUUAUACGAAAUACUGGCCUCUAAUCAGGCUCUUUGUAGAGUUUUGGUUUUAAGAGUCAUUAGUGAGGUACAGUUUCCAUAUUUUACAUAUAUCAGUGUAUUAAUAUUUGAAAUAUCAGCUAAAGUGCAACAUUCACAAUGUUUCAGAAUAUAAAUUAGAAUUUUUAAGUAUUGUUUUCAUAAGCAAAAAAAUUUCACUGAAAAUGGAUUUUAGAAAUUUACUCCUGGGUACCCUUAAUAAAAAUGUGUUCUAAGAUGACUAGCAGAUUUAUACCUCUAUAAACAUAUAUUCUUUUAAAACAUUAUGUAUAUAUACAGAAAGAAAAAAAAACAUAGCUGUAUAAACAAUUAUUCAGAAGUCAUCUUAUUAAGCUCAAACCAGUGUAUAAGUUCAUUCUGAAGUUUGCUCAUCAGGAUCAUAAUCCUCCUAGAGCCCAUCAUGAAGGUAUUACAAAUAAAAGUGUUUAAAGAUAAAAUCCACUUUAAAACAUUAGUGGUCUUCUUGUAUCCAUUCAAAAAUUUAGGAACAGCUCUUGGAAGUAUGUUCUCUGAAGAUAUUGAGCAGGAUUUUUCAAACAAGUCUCAAAGAUCUAUUAGAAAUGAAUCAUUACCUAUCCAUGGAAUUUAUUUUACUGAAGCAAGCACAUAUGGUAAAUAAUUUCUUUUAAAGGAAUGCUAUUUCAAGUCCAAGACUUCUCCAAAUGAGUUGUUUACUUCUUCAAUAUGAUUGAAUUCAGAUGCAAUAUCUUCGAGGGAUUACUUACCUUGAAUAAAUUGAAUGCUUUAGUGUUUUUCUAUCCGUUUAAGAGCUGAAAGAUUCUCUUUGGAUAUAUUAAAUAUUCCCUUUGCAGUUAUUUUCCUCUCGAAGAGUAAUCAUUGCGUAGAUUUUUCAUUUGCAUGGAGACCCAAUAUGUCACAAGGUCAUGAGUAAAAGAAGUACAUAGAAGAAGUCAGUGUUGUAAACAACAUCUUAAGUUUCUUUGGUUAACCUGAGUCCGUUGUCCUCUCAAUUUGAAAGAUGUCUUCAAUCAUCAUCAUUGCUUUUGCUGUUAACGUAACUCCAACUGUCUCUUCUGUUUUCUUCUUGUAGGAUAGAUUUGUACUGUCUUUUAAAGAAACCAACCUGAAAAUGGCAUUGCAUAAUCAUUAGUGUAUUACUACAAACAUAUUACACUCCUAUCAGAUACCUGAAAACUCACUGUCCCGUGUAGACAGUAAAAUCCAGAUGGGAAAUACUGGGUUUAAAGAGCAUUAUUUUUGUUACUCCGGGACUGCUCAGUGACCCACAUUCUCCAAAAUGGACAUUAAAAAUAAUAUGCAGUGUUUUCCAAAUGCUUUAUUUUUAAUUAAUUUUUAUUUUUGAGAGAGAGGGAGACACAGAACCCAAGGCAUGCUCUGAGCUGUCAGCACAUAGCCUGAUAGGGGGCUCAAACUCGUGAACCGUGAAAUCAUGACUUGAGCCGAAGUCGGAUGCUUAACCGACUGAGCCACCCAGGCACCCCAUCCAAAUGCUUUUUUUCUAGAACAUCUUUCAAAACUAGUGUUAUGGUCGGAAUACUGGCUGAAGUCCGGAGAAAUGGGAGAUCAGUACUAUAUACUCAUUUGGGAAUUUAAAAAGUUAACAUUAAAAGUUAAUGCAAUACUUAAAUCUAAUAACUUGGGAGUCACAAAAGUCACUUUGUGAAAGGCAAGAAUGUUGUAUUUGGUUUGACAUUGGUAAUUAUUAAUGACUUACCUUCCACAUAACAUACGAAAUCAAUAAAAGUAAAAUAAGGCCAAGUAGCAAGCUACUUGAAAUAAUUGCUAUUGUGAAAUGACGUUUGGGUCUUUGAUGAUGUAGUCCUUCAAGGAAAACCUACAUAAAUUAAUGAAAAGAAAGAGCCACCAGUUUAAAAGUUGCUUCUGUUCCUUGUGAAGCCCCACCCUCACCCCAACCCAUGAUUCCCAUAGUAGUUUGAACAACCCGUCCCCUUCUCUUGCCGGUUCUAAUAACCCUAGGAAACACUGGUAACUGUUGAGCUGGAUGGCCUUGCACCAUGGUUCUUCAUCUGGUUAAUGCUACCAAGUUUGCCUCCUGAACGAGCCAUCUGCGUCCUUUCCUGGCACCAGUUGCGGAAAAUGCCAAAUCUCAGUAAACUAUUUCAAGCCCUCCAUGAUCUAGUCAAUCUAUUUUCCUGACUAAACACCCCAGCAGGUUUUCCCUAUAAUUGUAAUGUUUCAGGUAAAGUGGUAAUCUUACAUGUGCAACAUUUUCAUCCUUGUUUAGUUCAAUAACUUUUGGAUUAGGCUCUGGAAAAGCCGUUGCUCUUAUCUCAAAUGUGAGCGCUGAAGUCUCAUCCUGUUAAAUAAAAGAAAGAUCACUGUA